CCCUCAUAUCCCCGCCAAAUAGGUUUCCAAUGAAAUGCAAAAUCCCCUCGAAAUCAACAACGCAAAAACGUAGAUAAAAUUGAAAAAUUAACUAAAAUUUUCUGAGAGAAAUGGAUGAUCGGAGUGGAUUUGAGAAGGAAAUCGAAGUCCGCAGUUUGAUGGGUGACUCUAUUCGAGUGCCAAUUGAACCAACAAACACCAUUCACGACCUAAAGCUCCGCCUCAGGCAAUGUUUCCUCCCGAUUGCUUCUGCCCCAGAUUUCCACCUUUUCCACAAGGGUGUGAAAUUGGACUUGCAGAGUGAAAUCAGUAGCUAUUCGAUUGGGGUUGCGGAUUUUUUUGUUACCGUGCCGUUUGUAAAAAAGGACAGGAAACAUAGGCAAAGAGUUGAAGCAUCUGAAACAGUCCCCAAAGACUCAAACAGCAACGAUAGGUUGCCGAAAGACUCAGCUGAGUCAGUUUGGUCUGACUUGAUGCAAGACCUUUCUUGUUUUCAGGACAUGCCUAACCUUGAAAAGCUAGCUGAGCCUAAGGUGACGUCCAAGAACUCCGAAAAUGAGAAUGCCUGUGAGAUGAGAACAUCAUCGACUAUGAAGAGACAGAAGAAAGUGUCUAAUAAGGACAAACAAAACCCAUCCUGUGAUGCCUUAAACAUAUUGCAGAUAUCUGGUGAUGGCAUGCUUGAUGAACAUACUCUUCAAAAAUUUCUUAAAUUUGUAGAUUCUUCUAGUUGUGUAAGUGAGCUGGCCACAGGGUCUUGUGUGAUGAGAGAAGCUGCCGCGGUUGUGGGAUGCGAGUUAGACUCUUGUGAGAGUAGUUCAUGCCUGUGUCCGCUAUGGUUGAAGGACCUGAUGAAAACAUUCACUUUAGUAAAUGUUUACUCUGCAUACCUUCAGCUGUCGCAGAAACAGAUCACUGUUGCUGCAGUUAUGGAACCACUGGAGCAAAUUCAUAAAUUUGGAUAUAACCCUGGCAUUGCAGAUCUAGAGCAACUCUCUCGAUUAUGUCCUCAGGUGAUACUUAUUGUCGAGAAAUAUGAAGAGGCAGCAAACAUGCGCGAUGCCCUUGUAAUAUAUAAGUCUUCGUUAGUGGAAACUGGAAAAAGGUUGUCUAAGUCAAAGGUUGUUAGUUCGAUGAAGAAAAGAGAAGCUUCUUUCAGAGCUAUUCUUACAGAACCAGCAAAGUCACUCAUG